UUGGUAUAGCCAAUACAUUUUGUUUAAACCAACUCAGUAUGAACUGUAAUAACUGGUAACCCUUUGACUUUUGUUUUUAUAUUCAAAUUGUUUGGCGUUAUCAGGUCAACAUGUAAAUAUUUCAACGCCAUCAGCCUCUGCUGUCAUUAGUCAAAUCAGACAUGCUAAUCCUGGAUUAUACACCUGCUUAGCAACAGCAUAGUAACAUUAUCAGUGAGCAUGUUAUUUUAAGAGCAACCUCAAAACCAUUAAGAUGACAUGCAGAGAUGGGAAGUAACUAAGUACAUUUACUCAAGUACUGUACAGUUUGGUGAUACUUGUAUUUUACUUGAGUAUUUCCAUUUGAUGCUACUUUGUAUUUAUACCCAAAUACAAUUCAAAGGUAAAUCGUGUACUUUUACUCCACCAAAUAUAUUGUGUAACUUUAAUUACUUUACAGAUCUGGAUUAAUAAUGUAAAAUAUAAUCAACACAUAAAUAAGACUUUAGUUUCACCUGGGGUAUCAUUCAAAAGCUACCCUGCUGUAUACAAAGUAAUUCAAACUAGCUGCACCUUUACCAGCUUUGAUAAACACAUUAAAACAUCAAUAAUUAUAAUAAAAAAUAUGAUAUAUUAUUCUGAAAUGAACUGAUUUUGAUCAAAUACUUCUACUUUUGGUACUUCCAGUAUAUUUGAAUGCUAAUACUUUUCUUCUUUUACCUGAGUAACAUUUUGAAUAAUUUAAAUGUGCAAUUAAUUCAGGGCCUGAUGGAGGCUUUUUUUGUAGUAUAAAAGAUCAAAUUAUGAAAGAGACUCUAACUAAUUUGAAUACUGUAUCAACUAUUUCAACCAAAGCAACUAGCCUACAUUAGAGCUGCAGCUAUUUAAAUGCAGCAAGGUAAUUGAGAAACUAAGUUACAUUGAUAACUUGAUUAAUGUAUUGAACAAGUUAAAAUAAUAAUAAAAUAAAAUGUCAAAGGUAAAUCAGUUAAGGGCCUUUAAAUGUUUUUCAAUGUAUUAUUAUUCGUUUAUUAAAUACUUUUGAAACCCAUAUCAAGCAUUCCUGCUGUAGCACUAUGCUAUCUCCACAAGAUGGCAAAAGUGCAACAGUCGGGAUGCAAACCGUCGUUCAAAACAAACGAAGAAGAAAUUAUACACAGUCAGACCAGUCUGACUAACUUUAGGUCAUUUGCAGCUAGAUACAAAUCAUACGGAUUUAAAAAAAGUUUCAAACUGAAGUAAUUUCCUUCAAGGAGAUACUGAUUUGACUUUAAACAACACCGACGGCAUUCACUAAGCAGCCGUGUGUAGAGCUAUUGAACUCUGACACACUGAGCAGGUCCGUUUUCCUAUUAACUUUUAACUGUAGAUUAUAUUUAAGAAUAGUAAAAAAACAGUGAGAGCCUCAAACCUCUGAAGACCUGAAGAUGACGUCCAAGAAAGUGAUCGAGUUGUUUUACGAUGUGGUUUCUCCCUACUCCUGGCUUGGCUUUGAGGUCAUGUGCCGCUACAGAAACGUGUGGAAUAUAGAUCUCAAACUCCGACCUACAUUUCUGGGAGGCAUCAUGCAAGGGUCAGGCAACAAGCCCCCUGGUCUGGUUCCAAACAAAUUCCUGUAUAUGACCAAGGAUCUGACCCGCUUGUCAGAGUAUUUUGAUGUUCCCCUUCGAUCUCCAUCAGACCCCUUUGAGGCCAUGUUCAAAAAAGGCUCUUUGAAUGCAAUGCGAUUUGUGACAGCUGUACAAGAGAAGGGGAAGGGUGGAGAUGAAUGGGUGGAGCGGGUGUCCAGGGAGCUGUGGAGAAGGAUCUGGAACGAGGACAAAGACAUCACUGAGCCUGCAUCACUGUCCGAGGCAGGAAUGAAAGCAGGAAUGUCAGAGAGCGACAUUAAGGAAUUACUGGAGCUGUCCAACUCAAAGGAGAUCAAAAACAAGCUGAAAAGCUCAACCCAAAAUGCCCUUGAUUAUGGGGCAUUUGGCUUCCCUCUUGUGGUGUGUCACUUAGAUGGAAAGCCAGAGAUAUUCUUUGGAUCUGACAGAUUUGAGCUCAUGGCCCACUGUAUUGGGGAGAAGUGGCUGGGGCCUCUGCCUGAAAAAUCAUCCGCAAAGCUGUGAGACACACCGAUGCCUAUAAACACGUUUGCUGUGCUCACAUAUUCUUUGAUCAAUUAUGUGUUUCAUUUUGUCAAAUUUCAUAUUUGCUGUGCCUUUGGAAAAUAGGAAGUGUUUUUUCUAAUAUAAUCUGAAAUAUUACUUCAAAUAAUGUAACAUAUCAAGGUACUAUAAAUUAUUUGCAUAUUAAAAAGAACAUUGACAGCUUCAAGAUUAUUUAAUUUUCUCUUGCAAUAAAAAUCUUAGUCGGGUGUGACAGUUCACUUGUUGAAAUACACAACAUCAUAUGUUUGUCGUUUGUAUCUUCAUGUUUGAUUGCACUCAUUGUAAGUCGCUUUGGAUAACAGAUAUAAGAAAUAAAAUAAAACCGAAUGUAAAAUCAUA